AUGGUCUAUUUAGCUGAACGUGGCUACCGUGCCGUGGCACCAGACUUAAGGGUUUAUGGAGAUACUACAGGUGCACCUGUUAAUGACAUUUCAAAGCUUAGUCUCUUUCACCUCGUGGGUGAUCUUAUCACACUGCUUGAAGCCAUAGAUCCAAAUGAAGAUAACGUGUUUGUUGUUGCUCAUGACUGGGGUGCCAUAAUUGCUUGGCAUUUAUGCCUUUUUAGGCCAGACAAAGUUAAGGCAUUGGUGAAUUUGAGUGUCCAUUUUUUCCCAAGGAACCCACACAUGAAUCCGGUGGAGGGGUUUAAGGCUUUAUAUGGGGAAGAUCAUUUUAUCUCGAGAUUUCAGGUAUCUCCAUGCACACGUGAUCCUUCACCAUUUUAUUUUCCUGAAGGCAAAGGCCUUGACGCUAUCCCUGAUGCUCCCGCUGCCCUUUCAUCUUGGCUGUCUGAGGAAGAGUUGGAUUACUAUGCCAGCAAGUUUGAGAAGACUGGUUUCACUGGUCCAAUCAACUAUUACCGAGCUCUUCCCUUAGACUGGGAACUCACAGCACCAUGGACGGGGGCUCAAGUUAAAGUUCCGACCAAGUUUAUCGUUGGGGAUCUCGACUUGGUCUAUCAUAUACCGGAUGCUAAAGAGUACAUACACAAUGGCGGAUUUAAGAAAGAUGUUCCAUUGUUGGAGGAAGUUGUGAUUUUGGAAGGUGCAGCUCACUUUGUCAACCAAGAAAGGCCAGAUGAGAUUAGCAAACACAUCUAUGACUUCAUUCAAAAGUUUUAA